AUGGUUACUAUGGAAACCCAACAGUGCCAGGGGGAUCCUGUCUACCAUGUAACAUGCAGUGGCAAUGUUGAUCCAUUCGAGGCUGGCCACUGUGACUCUGUCACCAGGGAGUGCCUGAAGUGCUUGAGGAACACAGAUGGUGCCCACUGUGAAAGGUGUACAGAUGGGUUCUAUGGGGAUGCCAUGACUGCCAAAAAUUGCUGUGCAUGUGAGUGCCAUGAAAACGGCUCCCUUUCUGGCGUAUGCCAUCUGGAGACUGGACUCUGUGACUGCAAACCUUAUGUGACAGGACAGCAGUGUGACCAGUGCCUGCCUGGCUACUACGGGUUGGACACAGGGCUUGGCUCUGUGCCCUGUAACUGUAGUGCAGCGGGCUCCAUGUCAGACAACUGCACAGAUGAAGGCCAGUGUCACUGUGUACCAGGUGUAGCUGGGAAAAGGUGUGACAGGUGUUUACGCGGCUUCUAUGUAUAUCAGGAUGGUGGUUGUACACCCUGUGACUGUGCUCAUACGCAGAAUAAUUGUGACCCAGGAUCUGGAGAGUGCCUCUGCCCUCCUCAUACUCGGGGCCUGAAAUGUGAGGACUGUGAGGAGGAGUACUGGGGCUGGGACCCAGAGCAAGGGUGCCAGGCCUGCAACUGCAGCCUUGUGGGCUCCACAGGUCCUCAGUGUGAUGUACUGUCUGGCCAGUGCGAAUGCAAGACUGGGUUUGGUGGGCGGAGCUGCGAUCAAUGCUCCUUGGGUUACAGAAGGUUUCCUGACUGUGUGCCUUGUGACUGUGACUUGAGGGGGACACUGGCAGACACCUGUAACCUGGUGCCUGGUCUUUGCAGCUGUGCAGAGGAAAGUGGUGUCUGCUCCUGCAAGGAGAAUGUCGUGGGCCUCUGAUGCAGUCAGUGUCAAGUGGGCACUUUUGCCUUGCAUGCCGACAACCCCCUAGGGUGCAGCCCCUGCUUCUGCUCUGGAUUGUCACAGCUCUGCUCAGAGUUGGAGGGUUACGUGAGGACUCCAGUAACACUGGCCUCCCAUCAGACUUUACUGCGUGUGGUUUCUCAGAGCAACCUUGAGGGCACAGUUGCAGGAGUGCAUUUCCAGGCUCCUGACAUCUUGCUGGACGCUGAGGUUGUCCGCCAGCAUGUCCACGGGGAGCCAUUUUACUGGCGGCUGCCAAAGCAGUUCAGGGAGACCAGGUGGCUCCUGGCCUAUGGUGGCAAACUGUGGUACAGUGUGGCCUUCUAUGCUGCCCAUGCCACUGGCACCGCCAAUUAUGAGCCUCAAGUUCUUAUCAAAGGAGGUCGGACCAGGAAGCAUGUCAUUUACAUGGAUGCACCUGCGCCAGACAACGAAGUGCGACAGGAUCGAGAAGCGGGCAUGAAAGAGGAGUUUUGGAAAUACUUUAACUCUGUUUCUGAAAAACAUGUUACACACUUGGACUUUAUGUCUGUUCUUAGCAAUAUUGAGUACAUCCUCAUCAAGGCAUCGUAUGGUCAAGAGCAAAGCAGAAUCACCAACAUUUCCAUGGAGGUUGGCUGGAAGGCUGCAGAGCCACCCUCUGAGGGAGAGGUGGCAUACCUGUUAGAGCACUGCAUCUGUCCUCCUGGCACAGCUGGAUUCUCCUGUCAGGACUGUGCCCCUGGGUACCACAGAGGGAAGCUCCCAGAAGGCAGUGGCAGGGGACCCCACCCUCUCCUUGCUCCUUGUGUGCCCUGCAGUUGUAACAACCACAGUGAUGCCUGUGACCCGGAAACUGGACAGUGUCUGAACUGCAGCAACCACACAGCUGGUGACCACUGUGAGGUGUGUGCUCCUGGCUACUAUGGGAAGGUGAUUGGUUUGCCUGGGGACUCCACCCCAUGCACCUGUCCUCUCUGCCCCCCUGGCAGUUUCAGUCCCACUUGUGUCUUGUAAGAUGAUAGUGAUUUCCAGUGUGAUGCCUGCCUUCUGGGCUAUGAAGGACAGUACUGUGAAAGGUGCUCUUCAGGCUACCAUGGCAACCCUUGAGCACCAGGUGGCAGCUGCCAGAAGUGUGACUGCAACCCCCAAGGCUCUGUCUACAGUGACUGUGACCGUGCAUCCAGGCAGUGUGUCUGCAAGCCAGGGGCCACCGGGCUCCAAUGUAAGGAAUGUUUACCUAGGCGCAUCCUGGUGGAGAACAACUGUGUUUCUUGUGACAGUGAGUGUGUAGGUGUCUUACUGAAUGACCUGGAUAAUGUUGGUGAUGCCAUUCAGUCUUUGAACCUCACUGGCAUUUUCCCUGCACCAUAUGGAAUUCUGUCAAACCUGGAAAAUACAACUAAACAUUUCCAGAGAUACUUGUUAAGAGAAAACCAAAAGAUUCGGGCAGAGAUUCAACUUGAAGGUGUUGCAGAACAAACAGAAAACCUGCAAAAGGAGUUCACUAGAGUGUUAGCAAACAGUCAGCAGGUAAAUAAAGCAAUGGAGAGAAUCGUCAAUGAGAGCCAAACCCUGGCCACAUUCAUUGAGCAGCUGCAGACAAACAUCAAAGAAAUCCUUGAAAAGGUGGCAACUUUGAAUCAGACCAUGGAUGAAGAUACCCAACUACCCAUUUCUUCCCUUCAAAAGAUGCACCAGAACAUUUCAUCUUUGCUCGAACUUAUAAAGAAAAAAAAUUUCACGUUACACCAAAAUGCCAUCCUUGAACUCAAGGCUGCUAAAGAUUUGUUGUCACAAAUCCAGAAAAAGUUCCAGAAACCUCAGGAAAAGUUGGAGGUAUUCAAGGAAGUGGCUGGCAGCCUCCUUUCUAACUGCAGCGCUGAACUGCAGGCAGCAGAGGCGCUCCUGGGGGAAGUGGAGACUAAGACUCAGGAGAGCAACCGCCUGUUGCCCAUUGUCAAGGCCAACCUGAGAGAAUUCAACGAUAAAAGCCUACACAUUCGAGAAGAACAAAACUUGACCUCAAAGCUAAUUGCCAAAGGAAGAGGAUUGGUAGAUGCUGCCAGUGCUCAGGCAGAUGGGGCACGAGACACUCUAACACAUCUGGAACAUCACCGGGAUGAGCUACUUCUGUAGACUACUAAAAUCAGGCGCCACGUAGACAAUCUGGUCAUGCAGAUGUCCAAGCGGAGAGCCCGUGACCUUGUCCACAGAGCUGAGGAUCAUGCUGCUAAGCUGCAGAGACUUGCAAGUGUCCUGGACAGCAGCCUUGAAAAUGUCAGAAAUGUGUCUCUAAAUGCAACCAGUGUGACCCACGUCCACGCCAACGUCCAGACCCUGAUUGAAGAGUCAGAGAAACUGGCCACUGAUGCUCAGAGCACCAUAAAUAGGAUGAGCUUGAUCUCAGAAUCCCUAGUUUCUCGAGGGAAAGCAGUUCUGCAGCACAGUUCCAGAUUUCUAAAGGAAAACAGUGGCGUCAGGAAAAAACAGCAAGGUAUUACAUUGAAGCUGAAUGAGUUGAAUAAUUUGACAAGGAGAUUUCAAGAGAAUGUGGAUAACAUUACUCAGCAGACCAAUGACUCCCUCUUGAUAAUUAGAGCAAUUCCUGAAGAUGUGAGAGAGAAGGGAAGGAAAGCCAAAGAGUGGGCCUCAUCAGCCAAUGAGAGUGCGAUACGGACACUGAAGAACGUCCUGCGGAUAAGCCAGAGGGUCCUGGACACAUCAGCAGGCCUGUCCAGAGUGAAUGCCAUGUUACAAGAGACAAAUGAACUUCUGCAUAACUCCACAAUGACAACUCUUUUGGCUGGAAGAAAAGUUAAAGACAUGGAAACAUGUCUGCUAGAAAACCUAAGCAGAAACUUGUCAGAAAUUAAGCUGCUGAUUAGCAGGGCCCGGAAACAAGCAGCUUCUAUUAAGGUUGCCGUGGCUGCAAACAGAGACUGCAUCCGUGCCUACCAGCCACAGAUUUCAUCCACCAACUACAACACGUUAACUCUGAAUGUUAAGACACAAGAGCCCGACAACCUUCUCUUCUACCUUGGCAGCAGCACCAGCUCUGAUUUCCUUGCAGUGGAGAUGCGACGUGGGAAAGUGGCCUUUCUCUGGGACCUGGGCUCCGGGUCCACACAUUUGGAAUUCCCAGAUGUCUCCAUUGAUGACAACAGAUGGCACAGCAUCCACAUAACUAGGUUUGGAAACAUGGGAUCACUGAGCAUACAGGAAAUCAGUUCAGCUGAGAAGCUGCCAGCAGGAACAAGCAAAUCCCCUGGGACAGCCAAUGUUCUUGAUAUAAACAAUUCAACUUUAAUAUUUGUUGGAGGACUCGGAGGUCAAAUCAAGAAAUCUCCUGCUGUGAAGGUUACUCAUUUUAAAGGCUGCAUGGGAAAGGCCUUCUUGAAUGGCAAAUCAAUUGGCCUGUGGAAUUAUAUCGAAAGAGAGGGGAGAUGCAAUGGCUGCUUUGGAAGCUCCCAAAAUGAAGAUGCUUCCUUCCACUUCGAUGGAAGUGGAUACUCUGUUGUGGAGAAGACACUCCGGGCCACUGUGACUCAGAUAAUAAUGCUCUUCAGCACCUUCUCACCCAAUGGGCUUCUUCUUUACCUGACUUCAAAUGGCACCAAAGACUUUUUGUCUAUGGAGCUGGUCCAGGGCAGGGUUAAGGUUAUGGUCGACCUGGGUUCAGGACCACUCACUCUGAUGACAGACAGAAGGCAUAACAAUGGAACCUGGUACAAAAUCGCCUUCCAGCGAAACUGAAAGCAAGGAGUCCUGUCUGUCAUUGAUGCCUAUGACAGCAAUGACAAGGAGACCAAGCAAGGAGAAACCCCAGGAGCCUCUUCUGACGUCAACCGGCUAGAGAAAGAUCUGAUUUAUGUGGGUGGAUUACCUCACUCAAGAGUUGUAAGGAAGGGGGUCAGCAGCAGAAGCUAUGUGGGCUGUAUCAAGAACCUGGAAAUAUCCAGAUCCACCUUUGAUUUGCUUAGAAAUUCCUAUGGAGUGAGAAAAGGCUGUGUGCUAGAGCCCAUCCGGAGUGUGAGCUUCCUGAGAGGUGGCUACAUCGAGGUGACACCCAAGUCUUUAUUGCCGGAGUCAGAACUUCUGGCCACAUUCAUUACCACCAACAGCAGUGGCAUCAUCCUGGCUGCGUUGGGCAAGGAUGUGGAGAAACAGGGUCUGUCUCAGGCACACAUGCCCUUCUUUGCCAUCAUGCUGAUCGAAGGCCACAUUGAAGUGUAUGUCAACUCUGGGGAUGGGACCAGCCUGAGGAAGGCCCUCCUGCAUGCUCCCACCACCUCAUAUAGUGAUGGACAAGAGCAUUCCAUCUCCUUGAUUAGGAACCAGAGAGUUAUCACUGUGCAAGUAGAUGAGAGCAAUCCUGUAGAAAUGAAGUUGGGCCCAUUAGCAGAAAGAAGGACCAUCGACAUAUCCAACCUUUUCAUAGGAGGACUUCCCGAGAGCACAGGGACACCGAUGCUCAAGAUGAAGACAUCAUUCCAUGGCUGUAUCAGAGAUUUGGUCUUCAACAUGGAACUUUUGGACUUCACCCAUGCGAUUGGCUAUGAACGAAUAGAAUUGGACACCUGCUUGCUUGCAGAAGAGCCAAAGCCUGGAGAGCACAGGGAACUCCCACCAGAGCCCCUGGCGCUAGCACGUCCUGAACAGUGUGCAGUGGACCCAACUCCAGGAUAUGUUCCCAGUGCUCACCAGUUUGGCCUCUCACAAAGUAGCCACUUAGUGUUGCCUUUUAAUCAGUCUGCCGUCAGAAAGAGGCUCUUGGUUCAGCUGAGCAUCAGAACAUUUGCCUCCAGUGACCUCAUUUACCACAUGGCUCACCAGAACCAAAUGGAUUAUGCCAUGCUCCAGCUCCAUGAGGGCCACCUGUGCUUCACGUUUGACCUUGGCAAAGGCCAAACCAAGGUCUCUCACCCCUCGCUGUUCAGUGAUGGCAAGUGGCACACAGUCAAGACAGAGUACAUUAAGAGAAAAGGCUUCAUGACUGUUGAUGGCCAAGAGUCCCCUGCAGUGACAGUGGUGGGAAAUGGAACCACACUGGAUGUGGAAGGGAAGCUGUACCUUGGAGGUCUUCCUGUCCAGUACAGGGCUAGGAACAUUGGGAAUAUCACCCACAGCAUCCCUGCCUGCAUUGGAGAAGUGACAGUUAAUGGCAAACAGCUAAACAAGGACAGCCCGAUGUCUGCCUUUGCUGUGGAUAAGUGCUAUGCAGUAGCCCAGGGAGGAACUUUCUUUGAAGGAAGUGGAUAUGCAGCUCUUGUCAAGGAAGACUACAGAGUCUGAUCAGAUUUAAACAUCACACUGGAAUUUCGUACCUCUGCUAAGAAUGGCAUCCUCCUGGGGAUCAGUAGUGCCAAAGUGGACGCCACUGGCCUAGAGAUUGUAGAUGGCAAGGUCUUGUUUCACGUCAACAAUGGUGCUGGUAGGAUAACAGCCACAUAAGAACCGGUAGCCACCAGAAUGCUGUGUGAUGGGAAAUGAUGGCACACAGUCCAAGCCCACAAAAGCAAGCACUGCAUUGUCCUGAUUGUGGAUGGGAACGCUGUUAGGGCUGAAAGUCCUCACACUCAGUCCACCUCUGCGGACACUAAUGACCACUAAUGUGGGUGGCUUUCUUGCCAGUGUCAAGCAGAACUGUCUGAGUGGCCGGACCUCAUUCCAGGGAUGUUUGAGGAAGCUCAGGCUGAUCAGGGGCCCACUGGUGCAGUCCUUGGACUUGAGCAGAGCCUUUGACCUACGAGGAGUCUUCCCUCAUUCCUGUCCUGGGCCUGAGCCCUAAACUUCUAUCAGAAUCCUCUAUUGGAAUCAUUGCUAUUAUAUUGAGGAGAAACAGUUUGUAAACUCAGAUGUCUUCCAUUCAGACUUCAUUUCCAACUCAGGUUAUAUGUUUCCAGAGAGAAAUAUGUUUAUGUUAAACUAAAGCCACAUGUACAACAGAUACCUCUAUUAA